AUGGACUACGAUAUAAUCAUAUCUAAUUUAAGAGGUGAACGCGAAUUGGCACAAAAGAAAAUUUUCCAAAAAUGGAUCAACUCCCACUUGGUUCGGUGUUCUUGCCGAAUUGACGACCUUUACGUCAACCUUCGGGACGGAAAGAUGCUCAUCAAGCUUCUCGAGAUCCUUUCUGGAGAACGCUUGCCACAACCUACGAAGGGAGAAAUGCGAAUCCACUGUUUGGAAAACUUCGACAAAGCGUUGCAGUUUUUACGUGAGGAACGAGUCCUCCUGGAGAACAUGGACUCCCAUGAUAUCGUUGAUGGAAAUCCCCGUUUGAGUCUCGGUCUCAUCUGGACCACAAUUCUCCGAUUCCAGAUCCAGGAUAUCACCAUUGAAGAGAUUGACCAUCAAGAAACGAAAUCAGCGAAGGACGCGUUGCUUCUUUGGUGUCAGAUGAAAAGCGGGUAUCAUAAUGUGAACGUAAGAAAUUUCACCACGUCCUGGCGUGGUGGAUUGGCAUUCAACGCUAUCAUUCACAAACACCGUCCAGACUUGAUCCCAUUCGAGAGGCUGUCCAAGUCGAAUGCCAUUUACAACUUGAACAACGCUUUCAACAUAGCGGAAAAUUCACUUGGUCCUACUAAACUAUUAGACGCUGAGGAUAUAUUUGUAAAUCAUCCUGACGAGAAAUUGAUCAUCACCUAUGUAGUCACGUAUUAUCAUUAUUUCUCUAAGAUGAACGAGACUGUACAAGGUAAAAGGAUAGGCAAAGUGAUAGGAAUCGCCAUUGAGAAUGACCAUAUGAUAUACGAGUACGAGAGCCUGACCAGUGAUUUAUUGCGCUGGAUAGAAGACACCAUAGAGGCUCUGGGUGAUCGUCGAUUCGCCAAUUCUCUGGUUGGCGUCCAAUCGCAACUCUCCCAGUUCUCCAAUUAUCGUACAGUAGAGAAACCUCCCAAGUUUGUUGAAAAGGGCAACUUGGAGGUUCUUUUGUUCACGUUACAGUCGAAGAUGAGAGCUACUAAUCAAAAACCGUACACACCUAAGGAAGGUAAGGUGAUCUCUGAUAUCAACAAGGCUUGGGAGAGGCUGAAGAAAGCGGAACACGAGCGGGAAUUAGCUCUGAGAGAGUUAUUGAUCCGCCACGAGAAGCUAGAACAAUUGGCAGCAAGUUUUAACAGAAAGACAAGCAUGAGAGAAACAUGGUUGUCUGAGAAUCAACGACUAGUCUCUCAGGAUAACUUUGGUUUUGAUCUGGCUGCAGUAGAAGCAACGACCAAGAAGUAUCAGGCUAUAGAAACAGACAUCUUUGCUUAUGAGGAACGAGUCCAAGCUGUGAUGGCUGUUUUUUAG